UCUCCUCCUCUCCGCUAACUCACACAUAUUCUGCCAAAAAAAAAAAAAAAAAACAGCUCCUCAGGCGCCGAUGGCCGGAGGUAACCAUAACAAAAGCGCGUCGCAUAAGCCCCCUUCAUCGUCAGCCUCCUCCUCUCACCGAAAAUCCCGCUGGGAAUCCAACAACCCUCCCUCCGACCAGACAAGAAAACCCGGCGACCCGAAACACAACAAACCCCCAUCCAACCCAUCCCCGAAACCCGGACCUACUCAGAGCCCCGCCCAGAACCCAACCCCUCGCUCCGGUCCAGGUCCGGUCCCAUCUCCCGGAGCUACGUUUCCGUUCCCGGACCCCGCAGCCCUGGGUCCACCGCCUCCGCCGAUCUACGGGUUCCACAUGCUCGAGCGCCGGACCAUCGUCCUCGCCGACGAUACCGUCCGGUCGUAUUUCGCUCUCCCGCUGGAUUACCAUGAUUUCACUCCCGUGGACCCUGCUGGCCGGUUCUUUCCGGCACGGCCCGAAUUCGACAAGCGGUUCCCGGCGCCGGUGAGCCCUGGAGGGUUCACUAGGCAUCAGGAUUACUGGAACUCGCUAGGGCUCGACGGGCGAGGGCCCGGCGAGGGGUCGAUGAAGAGGAAGUACGGGGAGGGCGACGAGAAGGACGAGUUCGCGAAGCAGAGGCAGUACAAUCCGAAUGGGUUUCCGGCGGGCCCAGGCCGCGAGGUUUUGGCCGGAACCAGUGGGGCUUUUGGCCGGGGUGAUGAGUAUAGGACCUUUAAGUAUAUGAGGGUUGGUGGCGGGGGCGGUGGUGGUGAGAGUGUGGGUCUUAAGCACCUCGAGGUUGAUCAGAACGCGUUGAAGAAGGCGUUUCUUCGGUUUGCGAAGUUGGUGAAUGAGAAUGCGGGUCAGAGGAAGAAUUACUUGGAGGAAGGGAAGCAUGGGCGGCUUCAAUGCAUUGUUUGUGGCAGGUCUUCUAAAGAUUUUCCGGACAUGCAUGGUCUCAUAAUGCACACUUACAACUCAGAUAAUGCUGACUUGCGAUUGGAUCACUUGGGCUUACACAAAGCUCUGUGUGUUUUAAUGGGGUGGAACUACUCAAUGCCUCCUGAUAACUCAAAGACAUAUCAGUUUCUAUCUGCUGAUGAAGCAACAGCAAACCAGGAUGAUCUGAUUAUAUGGCCACCUGUGGUGAUCAUCCAAAAUACAAUCACUGGAAAGAGUAAAGAGGGGCGCAUGGAAGGUUUGGGAAACAAAGCAAUGGAUAGUAAAAUUAGAGAUCUUGGAUUUGGGAGUGGCAAGUCGAAGUCUUUGUAUGGGAGAGAGGGUCACCUGGGUAUAACCCUGGUUAAGUUUUCUGGUGAUCAAUCAGGCCUCAAGGAGGCGAUGCGGUUUGGAGAAUUCUUUGAGAAAGAAAAUCAUGGACGCAAGGCUUGGGCUCGUCUACAGCCAGUGUCAUUUGGCAGGGAUGACGAGAAGAACCCAAACCUUAUCCAGGUGGACGAGAAGACGGCAGAGAAAAAAAGGAUCUUUUAUGGUUAUCUCGGAACUGCUUCCGACCUGGAGAAAGUUGAUGUCGAAACAAGGAAGAAGGUCGUGGUUGAGAGCAGGAGGGAAUACCUGUCCAUUUAGAUUCCAAGUAGAUUCUUGGUGACAAUGCUAGGUACUGUUGUUUAUUCUAAUUUAUGGGCACCAAGUCUGAAGAACAUCAGAUCCUUUGGUCUUCUAUUUAUUUUUAUGAUGAAAACUUUAAUGUUAUAUGCCAACAGUUUCUGAUGCCAUAUGUCGUGCCGGUGCUUCUUGGCAUUUCUCGGGUAUUAGAUGGUUUUAUUUGUAGCUGCUGGUUAA